AUGGUGGAGGUGGCAGCUGGGGCCGGAGUUCUGGUCCUUGUUUUCAUCGUCUCCAUUUUGUUCUACACAACUCUAAAAAUGUACCAGAAGCAAGGCCAGCUACCUCCAGGACCCACCCCCUGGCUCUUUCUAGGGAACCUUCUGCAGAAAGAUGUCCUGCCUCUUCGCCUCAGCUAUGAAAAACUUGUUAAGAAGUAUGGACCCAUGUUCACUGUUUGGGUGGGACCAAAUCCCAUGGUUGUGCUCUGUGGAUAUGAGGUGGUGAAAGAAGCUUUGGUGGAUCAUGCUGAAGAGUUUGGAGGGCGACCUACUGUUCAUAGCAAUGACCUAGUGACUAAGGGGCUGGGACUCAUCAGCAAGAACGAUAAAAAAUGGAGGGCACUGCGCAGGUUCACACUUGCCACACUGAGGGACUUUGGGAUGGGAAAGAAAAGGAUGUCCGAAAAGGUGCAAGAAGAGGCUGACAUAUUGAUGGAGAAACUUGGAGCCAUGAAAGGGCAAGCCUUUGAUCCAACAAAUAGCUUCAGCAGCUCUGUUUCAAAUGUGCUCUGCUCUGUUGUACUUGGGACUCGGUUUGACUACAAAGACCAGACCUUUGUGGAGUUCAUUCAUACUAUGAUCAACUACGUGCAAUUCUUCGAGUCUUUCUUGGGAAUGCUAUAUGGCACCCUCCCAAAGAUAAUGUCCUAUCUGCCUGGACAUCACAAAAAGGUUAUGAGUGACUGUGAGAAGCUUUGUGACUUCAUCCAUAAGACAGUAGAGUCCCACAAGACAACUCUGGAUCCUCAGAACCCCCGUGAUUAUAUUGAUUGCUUCCUUCUCAGAUCAGAUAAGGAACAAAGCUCUACAGUGGACGAGUUCACCACAGAAGACUUGGUUAUGUCUGUGUUCAACCUUGCUGUUGCUGGGACAGUUUCCACAAGCCAAAUGUUGCUCUACAGCAUCCUGGUGAUGACCAAGUACCCAGAUGUUCAAGCAAAGGUCCAGCAGGAGAUUGAUGAGGUGGUGAGUGGCAACCGUUUCCCUAGCAUGGAAGAUCGAGUGAAGAUGCCCUACACCAAUGCAGUUGUCCAUGAGAUCCUGCGUUACCAGACUGGGAGUUCUGAAUCCUUUCCACGUGCAGUGACUCAACAUACAAAAUUCAGAGGCUAUAUAUUACCCCAGUCCACCGUUGUUGUCCCAAUGCUUUUAUCUGUUCUCUUUGACCCACUUCAAUGGGAGACUCCUGAGAAGUUUAACCCAGGCCAUUUCCUGGAUGAGAAGGGCAUGUUCAGAAAGAGAGAUGCCUACAUUCCUUUUUCAGCAGGAAAACGGGCAUGCCCAGGGGAGGCCCUGGCUCGAAUGGAGCUCUUCUUGUUCUUCAGCAUUCUGCUCCAGAAGUUCACCUUCCAAGAGGCUGGAGUUUCAGAUGGGAGGCAUGUACAUUCUGUAUGGAAUGAGUUUAGGCAGAAAGGGGUCUAUCCUCCAAUACAAGCCAUUAAGCGUCAAAUCUAA